GGGAGGCGGGCGCGGCGGCGGCGGAGCGCGGACAGAAGUGGUGGUGGCUUUGAAAUUCCUCUGGAGGUGGAGGACUGCCCCUCCCCGCUUGGCCCCACCCACCCUCGGACGGCCGCCGCUGCCUCUCCCUCUUCCCCCAUCUCCACGUCCACCUCCACCACCGUCUCCGUCCACCUCUGCAGCUCCUACCUGGGUGCACUCGAGUUAAAUGGCUGAUAAGCAGAUCAGCCUGCCAGCCAAGCUCAUCAAUGGCGGCAUCGCUGGGCUGAUCGGGGUCACCUGUGUGUUCCCCAUUGACCUGGCCAAGACACGGCUACAGAACCAGCAGAAUGGCCAGCGCAUGUACUCGAGCAUGUCUGACUGCCUCAUCAAGACCAUCCGCUCGGAGGGCUACUUUGGCAUGUACCGGGGUGCCGCUGUGAACCUGACCCUCGUCACCCCUGAGAAAGCCAUCAAGCUGGCAGCCAACGAUUUCUUCCGACAUCAGCUCUCUAAGGAUGGGCAGAAGCUGACCCUGCUGAGGGAGAUGCUGGCUGGCUGCGGGGCUGGUACCUGCCAGGUGAUCGUGACCACCCCCAUGGAGAUGCUGAAGAUCCAGCUGCAGGACGCAGGCCGCAUUGGUGAGGGCGAGUGGGAGGGACAGAGAGCUGGGGGCGGCCACAGCUGGAUCCCCGUCACCUGCCCCCUGCAGGAGGAGGAGACAGCAGCCCCUUUCUCCCCAGCUGCCCAGAAGAAGGUACUGGCUGCCCAGGCCCAGCUCUCAGCCCAGGGGGGUGCCCAGACCUCAGUGGAGACGCCGGCUGCUCCCCGGCCCACGGCCACCCAGCUGACCCGCGACCUGCUGCAGAGCCGCGGCAUCUCCGGCCUCUACAAGGGACUCGGGGCCACGCUGCUCAGGGACGUCCCCUUCUCCAUUGUCUACUUCCCACUCUUUGCCAACCUGAACCAGCUGGGCCGCCCGGCGUCUGAGGAGAAGUCGCCCUUCUACGUGUCCUUCCUGGCUGGCUGUGUGGCCGGCAGUGCGGCCGCUGUGGCCGUCAACCCCUGUGAUGUGGUGAAGACACGGCUCCAGUCGCUUCAGCGGGGCAUCAAUGAGGACACCUACUCGGGGAUUCUGGACUGUGCCAGGAAGAUCUGGCGGCACGAGGGCCCCUCGGCCUUCCUGAAGGGCGCCUACUGCCGAGCCCUGGUCAUCGCCCCGCUGUUUGGCAUUGCCCAGGUGGUCUACUUCCUGGGCAUCGCCGAGUCCCUGCUGGGGCUGCUGCAGGACCCUCAGGCCUGAGCCCCCUGGCUGGCUAGCCCAGGGCUUCGUGAGGGAAGAUCGCUCCCCAGCCCUCGCCCUGGACUGCGAGGCAGGGGAGGGGUGAAGGGUCCACGUGGGUGGCGCGCACACAGGCCCCCUGGGGGUCCUGCCUGCACAACCAUUGGGAUCAAGUCCUAUGUAGAAAAUGCAGAAAUCUUUACAUUCCUGAAGCCAGCCCCUGUCCCAGUCCUGUCCCAGCCUGAACACCCCCAGGGUCGGAGCUGGUCUCUGAGCUGGGGGCCCUCAGGUCUGGGGUUGGCAGGCUGGACCCUACCUCCCAGUCCAUCAGCUCCUGUCUCCAAGGCUCUCCUGGUCCACAAAGGGGACCCUGCACAAACCUAUUUAUUGACCCUGCCAAGCCCCAGUGGCUCUACCCACGCGCCCACCCAUCCGUCCUCCUGCCCACCUGACUGUCCGUCCACCCGCCCAUCCGUCCUCCCCUGCUGCUCUUCCGUCUCAGCCAGGACUCGACUCUGCCUCCCCAGCCAGCCUUGCAGGGGAGUCCUGUCCCCGCUGUGGAGCUAGGAAUCCGAGGUGGGGGGGUCAUGCUGAACUCUGACUCCCACCUCAGGCCGGGGCCCAGAUUGUAUGAGGUGUGUGUGAAUGUGCGUGUGCUGAGGGGAGCAGUUCGUGCCCACCAGCCCUCAGCUGGCCCGGCCCCUCCAGAAUGGGGCUGUGGGUGGGGGCUGCUUCCCUUCUCCACGUGGCCAUGCACCGUGUGCGCCCCAGGCUCUGCUGAUCCCGUUCAGGAAUUUAUUUCUCCAUCUCAGCUCCUCUUCUGAGACCCCCAUCCCCACCUGGUCUGGGAUUGUCCAGGGCCACAGGCAGGCAUGGGGACCAGUAUGGAGCCUGGGGACACCUGCUGUGCUUGUGGAGGGGGCAGGAGCUGACUCCCAGUCCUCCCAGGGCCCACCCUGUUCCCUGGGCUUCUACACAAGGCCUCUGACCACAGUCCAAAAGUACCCCCUCCCAGGACCCCGGACCCAUCAGUACUGCCCUGUGAUUGUGUUGGUGACUGAUCCUGAUGUGCUGGUGCUGUGUCCCCAAAACGGCCCCCUCCGCGGGGCCCCUUCCAGUGACACUACCUGGGGCUCAGGCCUGAGUCCCCCCCAGUUCACGGUUGUUCCUGGGAGCUGCCCCUCCCAUUACAUCUGUACCUUGGAAGCUGCUGCUGCUGCUUACAGAAUUAUAUUUUUUUUCUUUUGAAGAGUUUUAAGAAGUAAUUUUUUGUGU